AAAAAUCAACAAAUCAAAUAUCAAAAUCCCUAAAUUCUCAUUUCUUCUUCUUCCUUCUACCCUGCUCUUCGUCAAUUCUCCCUCCCCCCCCCCGAUGAGCUUACUUCAAGCUUAUCAAAAUCCUUACCGGUUUAUAAUUCAAAGGAAUUGACCAAUUGUGUGAGUGCGUUUGCAUAGAUUCUAAUUUCAAAAUCACAAAUUGAAUUGGUGGUUAUAUAGUCUCGACGACGGAGAAAAUUGAGACGAUGGAUGACACUGAGCUACUCACGAGCAUCGAUCAGAAGAUGGAAGAUCCUGCCCCACCCUCUGCGGAUGAUUCCGAGGCUGCCCCAUUCCUAGGUUCGGAGCUCUCCGCCAAUCCUCACAACUGCGAUGCUUAUGUCCAAACUUCUGGAGAUCCUACCCGUGGAGGAGCGUGUGUAGAAGAAGUCUCUUUGGGUAAGCCGCCGCAGAUGAGUAAAGAAGAUAAUAGUGCAACUGUACCAAACAAAAUAAGCAUUGAAUCAGAGUCUGGAAAGGCAGCUACUUCAAAUAAACAAGAGACAGAAGACGCACAACCAGUGAUGCAGCCAGACGAGUGUACAGCUUUUCUUUCUAAUCUCAGUGCCAAGGCACAAGUUGCAAGCUCUAUUAGCAUUCUUAAUUCAGAACGCGAUAGUGUCGAAGGUCCAUCAAUUGCUCCGGUUAGUGCUGAGAUAUCUAAGGAAAAGCAGCUAGGAAGCCCUGGAAAUUUUCUUGAAAAGAUUGGUGGAGCUGGAGCAGUGUCAUCUAGUUCUGUAGCUGUGUCUUCUGAUUCUGUUAUUGUCAGCAUGGAGUUGGAGAAAAAUAGUAUUUUGCAGAGUAGUCUUGAUUCAAAUGAGGUCAGCAGGAAUGCGUCUGAGACCGUAUGCGCGUCGCACGAUGUUAGUAUUGCCCAUAAUAGGGAAAAUGUGCCUUCAUUGGCUCAGGCGACGGACAAUCAGGAUUCUGACAGUUCGUCUAGAUUAUCAGGUGGUCAUGGUAGAAAUGAUAAAGUUGAGAGUGAAGACAAAAGAGAAGGUAAGGGACAUUUAGACACAGAGAAGAGAGUGAAACGAAGAAAAAAACGCAGGUCUUCUAGAUCAAUGACCAUAUCCCAGCGCCUUGGAGCAAUCGACAAAACAACGGCUGAUAUUGACCUUGGUAUCUUGGAUGCCUUGGAGAUCGCUACCAAAGUCGCACAGGAAGUGGCAAGAGACGUAGACUCUGGGGAAGCUUCUCACAGUUCUUCAGAAGAACUAUCUGAUGAAAGCGGGCAGUCUGAUUCGCAACACUCCCACAGUGGUGAUCUACACACAGGUUCUCCAUCUAAAAGAUUAUCAGUGGGUGAAAGUCUUUCCCUUGAGGAACCACAUGUUGGAGAUCACCUGGAAGAGAAGAAUAAUAAACGUGAGAAUGGGAUGGUGAACGCUGAUGAUGUUAAAGAGAAGCACCUGGCAGAACCUGCUAAAUCCGAGGUAGGGAGAGAGAAAAGCCCAUGUGGCUUUGACCUCAAUGAAGAUAUUUGUCCUGAUGAGACCGAUGACAUUAUGUCUGUUUCAUAUUCUGGUAUGCCUGCAGCGGCACCGUUGCAAUUGGAAAGAUCUCUUAGUGCGAAAGGUUUGGCUGCUUGUAGUGUAUCUCACUCGGAAUCACCUCACAAAGUUCCUAGCGGGGAUUCAAGAGAAAAGCAGGUGAUAUGUGUCGAUCUGAAUGUAGCGGAUGUAGGAGAUGAUCAAGUUGAAGAUCAGACUCCCUGGAAACAGUUUCCUUUCUCCUCAUCAAACUCUAGGGGUGGAGAGUCCUCACAUGAAGCUAAUUUCCGAGGAUCAAGCAGGUUCAACCUGGAUUUGAAUUGUACAAACGAAGAGGAUGACAUUCCUCCACCUUCUGAGUUGAAGAUGGAAACGAGAUUGUUUCUAAGUCACAAUGGGCAGCAAAGCGCGUCACCUUCAGUUUCUCAGCAAUCAGGGAAGGAAGUAAACUUCGACUUGAAUGACAGGCCACAGUUUUUCAUCGAUUCACGUGAUCAGGGUCCCUAUUAUGGGCAGCACCCGUGGAGCACAGCCUCCUAUGGAGGGCACAAAGUGGAUGAACCGGUUAUCUCUCUAUUAGGUACAAAAGUGGACGUUGACAGAAAAGAGACUGUUUCCCAGAUGGCUUCGUUCCUGUCCAAUGGUAAGUCCCUCGAGACAGCAACAGGAUUAUACAUGGGAAAAACAGGAAACUCUUUGGGUUUAGCACCUGGUGUGUCCUUUUCUCCAGCUCCUAUGUAUGGGUACAACGGAUUUACUGGUCCUCCUGGAAUGUCAAUGUCAUCAUCGCCUAUAUAUGUUCCUGGAACAGCUAUCCCAUACAUGGUGGACCCAAGGGGUAUGGUGGACGCAAGGGGUACGCCAGUGAUGAUGCCUCAAAUGAUGGGAUCGGCUCCAUAUGCACAGCCACCAUUUCCUCAACAGCACAUGUUCAUGAGCUUGGCGGGUGGAUCUCCUAGUCUGAAUGGAUCAGUGCAGCCACGCUUUGAUCAAAGUUAUGGGUUUGGGGUUGAGAUGGGAAACCGAGAGUCGCUAAGUUUGAGACAGUUUCUAUCACCUGGACAAGGCGAAGCUAUGGGAGAUCAUUCAGGAGCAAAUGUAGAGCCUUCAUCGAGUUUAUCUAUUAGCAUUGGUGGAAAGCGAAAAGAGCCGGAGACACGUUGGGAGUUCCCUCCUCCAUGGAGAUGAGUGUUCACAGAUAGUGGAGAUUGGAUUCUUAAUAGGUGGAUGGAUUGGUUGAUUGGUUAGAGAAUAACAGAAGUGUUGGGAGGUAACUUAUAAUGUCUUGAUGAACUUUCUUCUUUUUUUUUUUCCAUCAGUUUUCUCCUUUUUUCAUGUUUUUAUUUCGUAACAUAUAUAGGAGGAUUAAUUCAAACAUUGAUACAUGUCAAGCUUCUUCUUAACCUUGUUUUGUAUUUUCUCUAUAAAAUAAAAUUAUAGUUUUGCGUUUCAAAA